AUGUCAGCUCUCAGCCUGCUCAUUCUGGGUCUGCUCACAGCCGUGCCACCUGCCAGCUGUCAACAAGGUCUGGGAAACCUGAAGCCCUGGAUGCAGGGCCUCAUCGCUGUGGCUGUGUUCCUGGUCCUCGUUGCAAUUGCUUUUGCUGUCAACCACUUCUGGUGCCAGGAAGAGCCGGAACCCACGAACAUGGUCAUGAUCACUGGAAACAAGGAGGAUGGGAUCCUGGCAGGGACAGAUGGACGGUACUGCUCGAUGGCGGCCAGCUUCAGGUCCAGUGAGCAGGAGAAUGCCUAUGAGAACAUCCCCGAGGAGGAGGGCAAGGUCCGGAGCACCCCCAUGUGA